UGAUUCCUCUUGCUUAACCAUUAUAUUUAAUUGUGCGCAUGUGUGCGUGGUUUCCUAAACUGGUAUCGACGUUGACAAUUUGUAGUUGAUAUUUAACAGAAAUCUAACAAAACGAUAGUUGUGGGUGUUUCACAAGAUAACGGUUACAUAUUCUAUAAUAUCAAGACAAAAUGGAUAUGGCAUUUGGCGACAACUUUGUCAAUGAACAAGAAGUAGAUCCAGUAGCAGAAUUCGUAGCAAGGGAACAGGAUCAAUUGGCAGGACUUGAGAAUGAAAUUCCACCAGUUGCUAUGUCUGCUCCUGCAAUGGCAUCAGAUGUUGGUCCAGGGGGUGAUGCUGAAGGUAGUUUUGAAAUAAUAGAUGCAAUUGGACAACCUUCGGAAAUGCAAGCACUUCCAGUAAUAGAAACUGCACCUAAAACUCCACCUGUAAAAGAAGAACCCGAGAAAAUACGAAAAUGGAGAGAAGAACAAAAAGCUAGACUAGAAGAAAAAGAUGCAGAAGAAGAAAAGAAAAAAGAAGAGUGGAGAGAAGCUGCCAGAAAAGAAUUAGAAGAAUGGUAUAAACAUCAUGCAGAAGCUAUUAGUAAAACAAAAACUACAAAUAGGGAAUCAGCCAAGAACGCAGAGAAACAAUUUGUAGCAGAAGCUGAUGAAGUGGAGCCAGGAACUGAAUGGGAACGCAUUGCAAAACUUUGCGAUUUUAAUCCCAAGUCUUCUCGCACUUCAAAAGAUGUUUCUCGAAUGCGUUCAAUUAUUUUGCAAUUGAAGCAAACUCCACCAGCUCCAGUCAGUCUUUGAUUAAAUUAAUAACUUAUUAUGGAAAAUAUAGAUAUAUGCAUAUAUACAUACAUAUAUAUAUAUAUACAUACACACACAUACAUAUAUAUGUAUAAAUAUAUUAUGAAACAAAAGAAAAAUGUAUGGAGAUUACAAUAUUUAUAAAACCGAAAAGAUCAUAUUUGAUCUAUUAAACAAAAAUGUAAUAUCAUUGUGAAUAAAGAUAAUUAAUAGCAAGUA